ACCAAAUACAUGUAGUGUGGUACAGGUACUAGGUGUGGCCAAAAAUCAGUGUGGAACAUUUAGUUUAUGACUUUCAAGAUUUAGUACAUAAUUAUAGUGCAAGACUAUGGAAAGACACAUGAAGAUGCAAGACGUGAUAAUUGAGAGUGCUAGAGCAAUUGGGAUCCAUUAUUUAAAGCCAGAGCAAAUGAAAGCAAUGUAUUCGAUCAUUGGAGGAAAGGACACAUUUGUGUCACUGCCAACUGGCUAUGGAAAGUCAGUAAUCUUUGCUGCAUUACCUAUGGCCUUUGACCAAUUGAAAGGAACAUCUGGAAGCAUUGUACUUUGUAUUAGUCCCCUCACUUCGCUGAUGAUGGAUCAACAAAAAAAGUAUGCAGCUGGAGGAUUGACAGUGGAAUACGUUGGAGAAGCUCAGACAGACCGUAGUGCUAUUAACAGAGUACUGAAAGGAGAAGCUCAGUUGGUGUUCAUCUCCCCAGAGAGCAUAUUAGCGAAGGGUAUUUUUCGAAAUAUGCUUCUGUCACCACCGUAUAUAAAGAAUCUCGUUGCAGUAGUAGUUGAUGAAGCCCACUGCGUUAAAACCUGGGGAGAUGAUUUUCGAGUCGCUUUUUCGGAGAUUGGAGAUUUAAGGAGCCUCAUUCCAGACAAUGUCGGUGUUCACGCACUUACUGCUACCUCUACAACAGAAACAUUUUACAUUGUCAGUAGAAGGUUAUGUAUGGACGAUCCUACUUUAAUUGCCUCCCCUCCUUUCCGAGACAAUAUUUCUUAUGAGGUUCACUCUAAGAUUGACGUUGAAAGCCUUGGUGAAAAAAUUGCUGAUGAAAUUCGAGAAAAACGGAAGUCAUACCCUAAAACAGUGAUUUACGUACGAAGUUAUGCCGAUUGCUCAUCUUUAUAUAUGGUGAUUAAGUGCAGUCUCGGAUCCUAUAUAACUGAUCCACCUGGAUGUCCCAAUGUUAAAGGUCAUCGACUAGUUGACAUGUUUACUAGAGUGCUUUCUGUUAGCAAAAAAGAAGAUGUGUUGAAUUCUUUCACCUCAGUUGACAGCACAUUACGUUUAGUGAUUGCCACAACAGCUUUCGGAAUGGGUAUUGACUGCCCAGACAUACGAACCAUUGUUCAUUGGGGUAUGCCUUCAUCAGUUGAGGAGUAUGUACAAGAAACUGGGCGUAGUGGCAGGGAUGGACAACCCUCACAAGCACUACUAUUUGCAGGAAAAGGAGGAAGAUAUGCUAGUAAGAAAAUGAAAGACUAUGUUUUAAACAGUAGCAUGUGUAGACGUCGUUUACUUUUUAAAGAUUUUUUAUAUUACAAAGAAGACAGUAUUAACGUAGAAGGUAGUAGUUGUUGUGACAUUUGUGGCUUUAUUGCAACGAACUCAUGAUUACAUUACACACAACAUGCAAAGUAUUAUUCUAGACUAGCUUCUUUAAGGUUGUGUUAACUUUUUUUAUAAGUUCAUUUCUGGAGUUCAGUUUGAAAAUA